UAGAAACUAGACAGUGAAAAGAACUGGAGGUAAGGCACCCCCUACCCUGCCCUGCUCCUCCAGGCUCCCAGAAAUCUCAGGGCAGAAGCACAGAUGGCCUCUGGAGCUCCUGCCUGGUGGGACCAUGAGCUGGCAGCUGCUGUGGCUUGGCUUCCUCCUCCCCAUGGUGGUCUCAGCCCGGGCUCUAGGGCCUGCAGAGAAGGAGGCAGCAGUGGAUUACCUGUUGCAGUAUGGGUACCUACAGAAGCCUCUAGAAGGACCUGCUGACUUUAGGCCAGAAGAUAUCUUGGAAGCUCUGAGAGCUUUUUAGGAAGCAUCUGAGCUGCCAGUCUCAGGUCAGCUGGAUAAUGCCACAAGGGCCCACAUGAGGCAGCCCCGUUGUGGCCUGGAGGACCCCUUCAACCAAAAGACCCUGAAAUACCUGAUGCUGAGCUGCUGGAGGAGGAAGCACCUGACCUUCCACUUCCUGAACCUGCUCUCUACCCUCCCAACCCACACAGCCCAGACAGCCCUCCUCCAGGCCUUCCAGUACUGGAGCAGUGUGGCCCCCCUGACCUUUCAGGAGGUGCAGACUGGCUGGGCUGACAUCCACCUCUCCUUCCAUGGCUGCCAAAGCCCGUACUGCUCCAAUACCUUUGAUGGGCCUGGCAAGAAGAGCCCAGAGACAGGGGAUGAGGAAGAGGAGACAGACCUCCCUUCUGGGCCACAAGUAUCUACAGAACACAGUCCUGUGCCGGACCCCUGUGGUGGUGAACUGGAUGCCAUCAUGCUGGGUGAGGCCCUCCCCUUUUAGGCUGCAGGCAGGCAGUGGGGGCAGUCUGCUGUUAAGACCUGGACAAAUGGGGAUGACAUGGAAUCUCAGCAUGAGCAAUGGGGGACCCCACGGGAAAACCUAUGCCUUCAAGGGGAACUAUGUGUGGACUGUGACAGAUUCAGGGCUGGGUCCCUUGUUCCAAGUGACUGCCCUUUGGGGGGGGCUCCCGGGAAACCUGGAUGCUGCUGUCUAUUCUCCUUGAACACAAUGGAUCCACCUCUGUAAGGGUAAGGGGACUGGUUUCCAGUGUGUUACCUGAGGACGGCCUGCCACCAAAGAAGCUAUAAAAAGGAGGGAGAGAUGAGACAUUUCUCAAAGGUUGGAAUGAGGAACUGUGCUGUCUUCAGAAGACAGAGGUGACUUGCUCUCUCCUUGCAUGCUCCCAGGAGACAGGGUGUGGCGCUACAUUAAUUUCAAGAUGUCUCCUGGCCUCCCCAAGAAGCUGAACAGGGUAGCACCCAACCUGGAUGCAGCUCUCUAUUGGCCUCUCAACCAAAAGGUGUUCCUUUUUAAGGGCUCCGGUUACUGGCAGUGGGACGAGCUGGGCCAAACUGACUUUGGCUACUACCCCAAACCAAUCAAGGAGCUGUUAACUGGAGUGCCAGACCCGCCCUUGGCAGCCAUGAGCUGGAGGGAUGGCCGUGUCUACUUCUUCAAAGGCCAACAGUACUAGCGCCUCAACCAGCAGCUUCAAGCAGAGAAAGGCUACCCCAAGGGUACUGCCCACAACUGGAUGCAUUGCGGUCCCCAGAACCCAAACACUGCCCUGUCUGGUGGGGACACCCCUCUCCCAGCCACAGGAACUACCUUACCCAAAGACACAAUCUCAGACAUGACCCCCUCCACCACAGGUCCCACCAGCCUUGUAUUCCCUGGGACAGUCACACUCCUAGUAGCCUAGGACCUGAACCAAAUGUUUGCUUACUAGGCUGCUGGUGCUGCAGCAGGGUCAUGAACCACAGAAUGCAGGCCUCUGUACAUCGCAGCUCUAGCCACCACUCCAGCGCUUUCUCUGCUGGGCAGUGACUCCUUAAUGCUGGGUCAGCCCCCACCUCUUGGCUUCUUCCCCACUCUAGACAGCCUUUCAAUUGUUAUCUACUGUCUGGAGGGCAGUGGUGGAGGGAAGGUGUUAACCAGGCCUUUGGCUGACAGGAGGUGCCAGCUGGGAAGCUGUUAUUCCUGAUAAAUUGCAAGAAAACAGCAUGGCCAGUAAAAUGAGCAAGGGCUUUGGAGUCCUUGAGAAUCAUAUUUACCUGCUUGUGACAUCAGGUGAGUUAAUUAACCUUGUUGAGCCUCGGGACCCCCAACUGCAAAAUCAGGUUAAUAUCAGUCCUGCAGGGUUGUCACAUUAAGUGAAAUACUGUAUGUGAAGUGGUACUGUGUCUGGCACAUUUGUGCUUCAUAAAGGCUAACUCCAUGUUCAUAAGAAAGGCCCAAACAGCUCUUUGUGUGGCUGUGUGUACAACUGUCCAGUCUGAUAAAGGAACUCUUACCAGA